GUAGUUCUUCCCUUUUGAAAGAAUUUCUUGACAGAUACACCAUGGCUGAAGAGGAAAGAGUCUCAAACGAGCUAGUAGUAUCCGACCCGAAUCCCUGCCCCAUUUGCCUCGGACCUGUGAUCGAGGAAUCAUACUUGGAUCAAUGCUUCCAUAAGUUUUGCUACAACUGCAUUCAGCGUUGGACAAAUGUGGCUGCUAGCAAGCACUCUUUUCGGCCUGCUUCGGUAAAGUGCCCUAUAUGUAAGUAGGGACCUCAAACGUUCUCCAUGAUAUGUCUUGAAAAGCCCCAAGACACAAAAUUUUUCAAUCGUACAUGGAUAUGAUGGAUUUUCUUUUCAAAGGUAUUAUCUUGGUCAGGAUCGUGGGAACAGGUGUGCCUGUGAACUCCCAAUUUGGCAUCUCACUCCAUGUGUUUGAUUUCCCUUUGGCAUGAGAUCAGAGCAUUUUUCACAAGAUCUCACAAGUACAGAUUACAAUGCUAUUACACUGAAUCAGGUGCUUUAGCGGACAAAUUGAAGGUAAUGCAAUAUUGGAAGUUGCACAAGUAUCGCCAACCUGCUCUUCAGCUUUACAAUUGGCUGACAAGAGAAGUCCAAGCAUUAACACAGGAAGAAGAUGUUGAUGUAAUUGUGCAUCACUUAUAUGGUGUUAUUGAAUCCUUCAAGAGAAACAAGGAGACCCAUAUUCAAAGGACCCCGGAAGCAAAUCAGCAAGAAUUCAAAGUUUUGGUGUCUGAAGCAGCGAUGCCUUUCCUGAUGGGUAGAACAGAUCGUUUUGUCGAUGAGCUGGAACUGUUUCUAGCCUCGGAGUUGACAAUCGGUGCAUUCGACCAAGUUUAUGUCCAGCAUUUGGGCUGGCAACAUCUUGGAAUCACUGAAGAUGCAGAGGUAAGAGAAGUUGAAAGUUACUCAACUCCAAACUUGUUUUUCUUUGAUGUGGACUGUGAUGAAAAUGGAUAAACUUACAAAAAAAAAUUUACUCCCUCCGUCCCAAAAAGAUUACCAGAAUUUGAUUUUUUUUGGUCAACUGUGUAACACUUAAGUGUGAAUCUAGAACAGCAACAACAAAAUAGUGUACAUUCCUAGCUCUGCAUGGGUUUGUAGGGGCAUGAUGUAUGUUGCAUUUCCCCAGUAAAAAAAUAAAAGGGUGUUUCUAUU